AGUUUAAUAUAAUCACUAUAUAAAAUACAAUCAUGUCGCGUGUUAAGAGAAUUGCCAAGGAGCUUGAAGAGUGUCGCCAAGACACACAACUGGGAGUGUCACUUGAACUCAACAAUGAGAACGAUCUUACUCAUUUAACUGGAUAUUUCAAGGGCCCACCAGGGACCCCAUAUGAAGGUGGUGUGUUUCAAGUGGACAUUAACAUCCCAAAUGAAUACCCUUUCAAGCCUCCAGUGAUGAAGUUUCUCACCAAGAUCUACCAUCCAAACAUCUCUUCUGUCACUGGUGCCAUUUGUUUGGAUAUAUUGAAAGAUGCAUGGACCCCAAUUUUAACCUUGAAGAAUUCUCUCAUUCUGUUACAAUCAUUAUUACAACUGCCAGAGCCAAAUGAUCCACAAGAUGCAGAAGUUGCCAAGCAAUACUUGGGAGACAAGCCGGGGUUCGAACGCACGGCCGCAUACUGGACAAAGAUCUAUGCAUACAGUGAAACAUCCGGUGGUGCAGCAUCUGCUACAAAACCUGGUGAAGAUGCAGCUGCUUAUGGCAUUGACAAUGAAGCUGUAGUUCAGUUUGAAAAUAUGGGAUUUCCUCGUGACAAGACUAUUGCUGUUAUGCAUAGAAUGGGCGUCAAGACUUUGAAUGUUUCCAAUAAGGCUGAUUUGGAAAACAGAAUUUUGGAAGAAUUAUUACAAGAGUGUCAAUAGAGACAAUAAACAGAGGACGAGAAUGUUUUUUUUUGAGAGAUGAAUUACUUUUUACAUUAUGGAUGUGUGUGUGUGUGUAAGGAAAAGUGUAUAUUCACUCCAAUUAGAGUAGGUGUAUAUGGGUAUAAAUGUAAGAGAAUGAAAAACGAUUUUCA